AUGUUUUCCAUAGCCUUCCGUUGGCUUUUCCUCAUGUUUGUUAUCAUUCUGACCAUCGGGGGCAAUGUGUUGGUGUGCUUGGCUGUGGGACUUAGCAGACGACUGUGGAGAAUUGCAAAUAGCUUUGUAGUGUCGCUGGCAGUGGCAGAUCUUCUUCUCGGCCUGCUAGUGCUGCCCUUGUCUGCCGCUGUGGAGCUACGUGGUGGGAAAUGGCCCUUUGGAGGAACCUUGUGUAACAUCUACAUCUCCCUGGAUGUCCUGCUCUGUACAUCCUCCAUCCUGACCCUCCUAGCAAUCAGUGUGAACAGAUACCUGGCCAUUUCAUCUCCCCUUAGCCACUCCAGGAGAGUUACCCCUCGAAGGGUAACACUGGCCAUCAUCUCAAUCUGGGUCUUUUCAUUUGCUGGGGCCUUUUUACCCAUCCACCUGGGGUGGAACACAACAGACUACAGGGUGCAGAACUUGGACUGGGGCAUGGGUGAUGAGGACAAGGAAGGACAUUACUGCCAGUUUGAAUGGAAUAACAACUAUGUCAUUUUCUAUGCCUUUUGCUCAUUUUACCUGCCUUUGCUGCUGAUGUGCGGAAUGUAUCUUUGCAUUUUCAGAGUGGCACGAGAACAGGUGCGGCGUAUUCGUGCUACCACUCCAUCAUUUGCACACUCAGCAACUGCAGCCAUAGCCCGAGAGCACAAAGCUACAGUGACCCUGGCAGCUGUACUGGGGGCUUUUGUCAUUUGCUGGUUCCCCUACUUUACCUUCUUCACCUGGAGUGGCAUAAAGGAAAAUAGAAAUCCCCCUAGUACACUUCAUUCAGUAGUUCUGUGGCUGGGCUACCUAAACUCAACCCUUAAUCCCAUCCUGUAUCCAGCAUUCAACAGGGAUUUCCGCCGGGCCUAUGGACAACUGUUAUGCUGCAGAGGACCAUCAUGUGGGAAACUGCAGCUUUCUCGUGCGUCUAUACACAAGCGAUUGACCUUAGUUAAUGGAAUCAGGGUCUCCCAACAGUCUCAGAAACAGGUAGACAAACUUAAAGCUGAAACAGAGAAGAACCUGAGUUUGCAUGAGAAGAAUGGCACCCCUGAUCAGCCAGUAUGA